CGACAAUCAACAAGAAAAGAGGGCUAUGAUUUUUCAUGACCAAUAGCCUGUUGUACAGUAUCAACUUGUUCCGUGUGUAGACGUGUAACCUGCAAGUGGGUCCUGGACGAGGUAACCCGGAAUAGAGGAGCCUAAGGAGCAGAGAGUCGCUUUCAAACGGGCAAAACACUCACAAGUGCAGUGCCGAGAAUCUUACAGUGCAUGCAUCAUCGUUUCGGUUGUUCCAAUUUGGCGCCGUCCUUGGACUGAAUCCUCCGAGUACACCAAAUCCUUUGAAUAAAUCCCACUGUGUGCUAACAAGUGUGUUCGUUACGUCUUCAGCUGUUUGAAAUUCUCCCACCACGCUGUUGCUGUUGAGUCCUUGAUUUCGCACUGUGCAGAAAUUGUGCAAUUCUUUGAGUGUUCAGUUCAUGUUCUGGUGACGGUAAUUGGUUAGUUCCUAUAUGUAUUUGUGCAGAAAAAAUCUGAUGUGAAUAAUGUGAUGAAGAGGCAGAUGAAUGCCACUGAAUGCGUCUGUAGAUCAAAGAGCGUUCACUAUAUGAUCCGGGCAAAUCGAAGGAUAAAUGCCAGAGAUGAGCCGAUGAAACAGCAUCAAGGAUGAGAGAAGCGGACGUUACAUAGCGAACGAGGUGCAGCGUGAAGGCGACAUCUUAAGCUCACUCGGGUGGUGGCGGCGGAUACGUCAUGCUGCCCUUGAGCUUGUAUGUUCCUCUUGCGAUUAUUUCCUUCAUCGGACUCUGUUUGAACGGCUAUAUCUUGCUUGUGCUAAUCCUAACGAAGCAGAUAUCCCCAAACAACAUUCUACUGGUACACUUAGGCGUCACGCAAUCACUUCUAUCAUUCACUUUCCUCGUAUUUUCAUUCCCACCGAUACUGCACCAUGGAAGCUGGAUUGCAUCCGUGGAAGGUCUGUGCAUCAUACAAGGUUUCUUAUUCACGCUGUUGCAUCCCCUCUCACUCUGGACAAUAUGCGGCCUAAACUGUGAUCGGUUUUAUGCAAUCGCAGCACCUUUACACUAUAGUGCGAUCGUAACUAAUAGAAAGGUUAUCAUUGGACUUGUUAGUGGCUGGAUCGUUAUAGUACUAUUAUGCAUUCCACCGUUCGCAAAAGUGGCUCCUUUUAAAUUUAGUACAAACACUGGCGCAUGUGUGCCAAACUUUGAAACAUUCAAUUCCUUAUGGUAUGCAAUCAUCUUUACGACAGUUACCUUAAUUAUACCUGGAAUCACAAUAGUAGGAUGUAAUAUUAAAGUACUUAUGAUUGCACGUUACCACCGACAUAGAAUAGCAGCCGCCAUCUACGAAGUAACCCUUUCAGCUCAAGUGACAAUAACCCACCAACGUAAUCCAUUCUUCGUUCCAACCGUGACUGCCCCGGCCGCCGGAGGACCACGAUUUCGCUCCCGAAGUCCAGUCUCAACUGUACUGCAACUAGUAGGAUCCUUCAUUAUCCUUUAUCUUCCAUACUACGUGUCCAUAAUAUGGGAUAGUGUUGCGGUGGAAGUCUUCGGUGACAAUGUGCCUGAUAAAUAUAAGACUAAUAGAUACGUGGUGAUCACGUCCACAGUAUUAUUAACAUGUUCCACGACCGUUAACGGAAUCCUGUACGGUCUUAAGAGUAAGACAAUUCGAAAGACAUUCCAAAACUACUGGCGUAAGAAGCGAACGAAAAAUGAGAUGAAUCAAGAGAUACAGGCACGAACACCAUCCACAUGUGGCUCAAGACGACCAUCAAUAUCAAACUUAGGGUUCUUGACGAAGCCACUGCUGCAACGCCGACUGUCUGAGACAUUGAUUGAUAUUGAUCGUAAUGCGAGUGGCAAUGAUCGGCCUAAAAUGAAGCGCAUUGCAUCGGAGCUGACUUGGCGCCCAAUCAGUCUUACAUAUGACGGACUGGAAAGCCCAAACCUCUCACGUCCAAAGGAGCCACUGCCGCACACUUCUAGUUGUAACACACUACAGGUUCCCUCAUCGGACAAUGACCCAGUAUCUGAAGCCGAUCGCGAGCUCUACAAUACAGUUCGCAAUUCAUUCCGUGCUGCCAAACCAGCUCAUGAUAAUCCUAGAAAUACAGCAAUUUGUACAAAGAGCUCACUACAAGGAAAAAGCACAAGUUAUCAACCUAACAUUAGACCUUCUACCCUUAGUACUGCAAAUACUUUACUGCACAAAGUUCUGCGCUUGGAUCACGUAGGUAAUCAGCCAAAACCCUUUACAGCAAAUAUCAGCAAUGGUCGCAAAAAAUCGGGACUAGGAUCGCCACUGAAAUCACCGCGCAUUCUCAUUACCCGAGCAAUGUCUGAUGAAAGCGAGAAGACUCCUUCACAACCUGGCACCCCAGCUAGAGGGAAACUUCACAAACAGUAUUCAUCGUCAAAUUCUAUAAGUGAUAAGUCAAAGUGGCAAGUUGGGGGUGAAAUCGCAAAAGUUGAAGAACACAUUCACGAGAGCAAUUUUGAAACGGACUAUCCUCGGCGUAAUAGUGGAAGUAAUUCAACAACUGUUUCUGACGCAUCCACACAAAGGAGAUACUCGUCACUGGAAGAGACCAGCGCGUACAGUCGUGAGUUUGAAAUGGACUCUGAAACUGAAGAGCAACUCUUACUGUCGUGGCCCACAACAAGGAAGAAACUACCACAAAAAGGCAAACUCUAUAAUAUGAAUAGCAGGAAUGGGAUUUUCAGACCAAGCCCGCUAUUUAACGAUCGAGCUGAAGAACCAGAAAUGAUUCUAUAGCACUACCAUGACGAAAUAACAGAAGAAGUCCCGCUCACAGACUGGAGUUCCCGGGACGUAGCAAUAUAAGGCUGUUAAUUACUAGAAGGAAAUUCAUUUCAAAUGGAAUUGGAUGUUGUACAGAGAGAAGAGCAUCGGAUGCUGAACAUUGUGUUCAAUGGAAGACUUGCAUAGGCCAGCAGAAUCUCACUCCCACACCAAAAAUAAAUCCGCUCAGUUAUGGUCAGUAUUACUUGAUAGAAACUAAGAUAUUUUUUUGAAACAGGAAAUAUUUAUAUUAUACGCGUGGAUGUCUGUAUAACAACUUUAUCAGCGCGAUCAAUAUUCUUACAUAUGUACACAAAUAUAAGGUCAACCACGACAUAUGCUCGUAAUGCGCUCAAUGCCGCAAUUGAGCAAAUAAUGUCCUUUUAGAGUAUAGUCGUUACCAUCAGUGUCAGUUUUAAAUAUGUAGGAUACAAAUUGUUGCUCGCACAAGACUAUUGGAACCCUCAUCACAUAAUAGAGCCAUGGAUGUCAUUCGAAACCCCGCACAUAUCCUUCCUAUCCAUGUUAUGUACAAUGUAUGUAUGGUAGCUUAUAGAGAUGUUUGUAAGUAUAAUAACUAUCAACAGGUUCCGUACGAAACAUUGACUCACAAGUACGCACUGUAAAUGCCAAUAUAACUGAAUAAUUGUCUUCAUGAAUGUUAUGAAAAACGGAAAUUCUAGUCAAUAUACAUUUAGUGAUAAGAUAAGUACACCCUCAUUGCAAAAGGCGAACUUAAAAGUGUUAUGAAGCAGUAGAUGAAUUAAUUUGAGUUGAUAUUGACUGUUGCGUAUAUUAUUACAUUCAACUAAGUAGUCACGAUCCACCAGGGUUAAGUUAGUCAACCCGCAUUUAUAAAAUAUCCACAGAAACCGAGGUGAAACUAAAAAGUAAGUUGAUAUAGAACAUUUUUUUAUUGAAAUUUUGGUUGCUAUCACAUUUCACAUUCUACAUUUUUAUAAUAUAUUUCUAAACGUGCGACGCCAAUUUUCUUCUGCUAAAAUUAUUAAGGAUAAUACAUCAUCCUACAAAGAGAAGCUGAAAAUGUCAGUAUUUGCGAAAUUCGACGUCAAACUCUUAUGUCCAUAUGGCUGUAUUCCGGGUACCUACUUUGCCCAUUCUAUUAUUAUAAUAUUCGAGGGUCCCGCGUCCUCAAAGAAUUAUUGUGCCCCUUUUUUGACUACAGUAUACCUAUAUCCAUAGUAUGUCAUUAGAACAUAUAACUGACAUAAACUUUAUUAUUCCAUAUUCCAAGUAUAUCAACCUGGCAUCCGGUAUUAAGUAUUCUUUCAGGUACCUGAACCUACUUUGCACAAGCGCCGAACAGACAUGUAUGGGGUUUUCAUCACUCUUCUCACACAGUCGACGCACAAUGUCCUUAUAUAUCCCCAGCUUCCCUAGGUGAUAUUUUAGUGGGCAGUAAUCAGUAAGUAUUCCCACUAUAACCCGGAGGUUCUUCUUGGUUAUGUUUAAAAAGUCCUUUAUGCGCUUGGGUUCGUAUCCCCCUAACCACCUUGGACUGCUCCAUUACUGGUAGGCCCGCCUAAGAUAAUUCCCCCAGCCGUUCCUCUUCAUUUUUUAGUGUCAGCCAUCCGUUUCUGAUUUCACAGAAGGCUUCUGACUCAUAUAGAAGUAUAUCUGCUCCUUUCUUAGCCGGUUCGUCCGCUGCCUCAGUGCCUUCCAACCCAAUAUGGCCUCUCGAUGCAUUGUCAUAUCAGUUUAGAGCUCACAUUGUCAUUGCCAGUACCUUGAUCGACGCUUGGCUGUCAGUCAGAAAAACAAUAUUCUCACCCUGUAGUUCCCUUGGGCAUUUGACACGUCUGACUAUCGCAUAUAUUUCCACCUGGAAUGUGCUACUGCACUUCCCUAUUGAUUCCAAGUACUUUUUACUCAAGCCAAUAACCCCGGCAUCCUCUACCAUGAGGGCUCCGCCAGUGUACCAAGUAAUCAGUUGCCGGUCUAAUCCGUCUGUCAACGCCACGCUCUCCCAGUUUGCUUUGUUUCAAUGAGUUUCAAACUUCUUGUCGAAGUGAAACCUCGUUGUCGUUUCAUCUGUUGGUAUUAGUGAUUCGAGAUACCGCCUAAAAAACAAUAUCAAUCUUCCUUCGAUUCAAGCAACUCCGCGUCUUACUCGUACUCGCCGACAUUCUCAAAUCGCCCUUCUUGCCUGCAUCUGUAUGUGUAAAUGGAGAGGAGUCAAUCGGAGAACGAUCUCUAGCAUUACCGUUUGACAUGUCCCCCGUUGCCUCACUAGUCCACACGCAAGCCAGUCUUUGAACUUUGUAUAACUCCCUGGUUUGUGUGCUACGUUCACUUCUUUUCGCCCAAAUUAAUGCCUUACUAUUGCAGUGUAUAUACAAAGUAUUAUCUUCGAGGUGCAACCCCAUUUUUUCCUGCUAUGGACCUGCAAGUCAUCAGAGCACUCGUGACUUUCCGACAAGUGAUUCCGAGAUGUAUCUUCCAAAGUAAUUUUUGGUAUAGCGUGGUUCCCACAUAUUUGACCUCUGUUUCUCGUUUCACCUCCAUCCCAUGUAAACUUAUGGUUCUGAGGUUAUUAAGCUUACGCUCCCUAGUGAAUGAUACUAUGGUUGUUUUGGCUGGAUUGAUACGUAGCCUCACCUUCCUCUACCAAGCACUACUAACGUGUUAUCCAGUUUGGAUUCUAUCACAUAAAGUAUUCUCAUAUUUUCCCUUGCAAAUUAAAACGGCGUCGUCCGCAUAGGUUUGGAACUAUAUUCCAGUAUUUGUUUGCUCGUCCAGCAGGUCAUCCACUACCAUACUCCACAUAACCGUUGAUAGUACUCCGCCCUGUGGUCGAUCUUGAGUAAAGUAACAUGACAAAGGAAUUGAUACCUGUAGAUGCUUACUCUCCAACAUUCUCCCCAGCCAGAAAGCCAGUGUGUUUCCCACUCCCUUGCGGGUCAGGGCAUCUUGUAUCUCUGUGUGCGAUGUGGUUUCAAAUGCUUCUUCGAUAUCCAAAACCCAACACAUUUUAUAUAUUUUAUGUUGUUUCUAUGACAUCCCGUAAUACAUACUCCAGCAGAUACAAAGCAGUUUCGCUUGACCGUCCUGCCCGGUAGGCGCGUUGACAAUGAUGUAGAGGAUUACGCAUCAGAACAUUAGUUCUAAAUAGUUGUCUAUGACCUUCUCCACCGUUUUGAAUACGAACCACGUUAUGCAAAUUGGUCUGAAAGAUUAAGGGUGAUUUUUUUUUACCCUCUUUCGGAAUA